AUGACCCAUUUACUGUUCAGAGAUGCUUUCUGGGGCUACAAUUUUACCUGCCAUGCCGGCUAUGAGGCUCUGGUGCAACGCUUGCGAGAUGGAAGACAAAUGUGUAAAGAUGUGGAAGAACUGUUAAAGAUGAGGGCAUCGGCAGAGGAGAAGUAUGGGAGGGAAUUGGUGACCAUAGCCCGCAAAGCUGGAGGACAUGUAGAGAUCAGCACUCUGAAAGACUCCUUCGACCAACUAAAAACACAGAUGGAAAACAUUGGAAACUUUCACAUCCAAAUUUCGGAAGCAAUAAAAGAAGAGGUGAAAAAGGUAGAGGCAUUCAGGGAGCGGCAAAAAGAGCAGCGAAAGAAGUUUGAAAGCAUCAUGGAGAAAGUGCAGAAGGGAAAGUUAUCUUUGUUUAGGAAGACUAUGGAGUCAAAGAAAAACUAUGAGGUGAGAUGCAAAGAGGCAGACGAGGUUGAACAAGCAUCAGAAAAGACCACCGUUGCAGCCAAAAAUGAGGAAAAGGUGCGCCAAAGAGCCAAGCAGUGCAGACAGGCAGCGUGUGAAGCAGAGAAGGUCUACUUGACCAACAUUGAAGAACUUGAAAGUGUUCGCCAGGACUGGGAGGAAACGCACAGAAGCUCGUGCGAGGUGUUCCAGCAAAUGGAGGGCGACCGCAUCAAUUUGCUGAGGUGCACCCUGUGGGACCAUUGCAAUCAUAUCUCAAUGCAGUGCGUCAAAGAUGACGAGUUCUUUGAGGAGGUCAGAAAGCACCUGGAGCACUGUGACAUCAUCACAGACAACAACUGCUUCAUUGAGAUGAAAAGGACAGGUUCGCAUCCACCAGAUCCCAUCGUAUUUGAAAGCUACUACCAGAAGGAAACCACGUCCUGUGAUGGAAAUGACUUUGGGGGCCGGGAAGACCGCAUGAGAAGAACCUCAGAUCGUCUACUGGGAGCUUCUAUGGAAAUAAAUGUUGUCAGUGACUCCUCAAAUAUGCCAUCUAGCGGUGAGGAUGGGGCAUAUGCGGCCCUACUAGGCCUCCAGCAACCAGCGGUGGACGAGGACGUCUACAUUGCACUUUACAACUACACUGCACAGGUAGAAGAUGAGCUGACAGUGAAAAGAGGCGACGUAGUGCAGGUCUUGGAGUGCGGCGAGGACGGCUGGUGGACAGUGGAGAGAAACGGGCAGGAGGGAAUCGUGCCAGGCAACUAUCUGGGCAAGCUCUGA